CACGUACGACGACAAACUACUCGUAGUACCAUGAUCCUCCGAUCUAUGGAUCAUCAAUCAAUCAAUAAUUUUUUUUUUCAAUCCGUGCCGAAUGAAUUCGUUUCGCACGUCCACCUACCGAUCGUCACGUAGGAGCGCGUACGUCCCUUGCGGAAGAACAGCCAACAACAGCUCUCGUUUUUUCGUUGUACUCGUAGGUUCUAAUGUUUGAACGAUUUGACACCUGUUCGACAAUAUCUUCUGGAAAGAAACAGAACCACAAGACCGUCUAGAACAGACUGUACUGAAAGCACCGAAGCACUAGCGUUGCAUUUGAUACUAGGCAAGAGAAUCAAGCGACAUCAUGGCGCGACUCCUCUUCACCACCCUUUUCUUGUUGGUGACCUUGAUGGUUCAGACUUCGGCCUUUGGUAGUAUGGCURCGCGGCCGACGUCUAAGUUUGUCGGCACGCAGCACCAGAAACAGCCAAAUCAGAUGCCUUCGUUCGCACUGCGAAMUGGAAUCCGACCGGGAUCUGCGAUYUACCAGUCGCAGCGUUCUUCGUCUACUGCGACMAACCUGAAGAUGUAUGCCGGGAUAUCGGCACCAUCCUUGUCGUUGGUGUCCAGCGUUGUYGGUCGAUUCCGUGGAGGCGCAUCYGCCGUUGCUACAGCGACCCMGACCAAGCUCUUCAAUACAUGCCUAUUGGCCGUAGCUAUGCUGACAACUACMUUCAAGGUUCUCCAAGCAGUCGAUAGCAGAACAAAGCAAGGCGGCGACUCGGACGCAACCGAAUCGAAGAAAACAAAACCCGACAGCGUCAAAGACUUGCAGCGAAAGUUUCUGUCCGUCUUUUGGUUGCUCCGAUGUGCCGAUUGGUUGCAGGGCCCAUAUUUUUACGAGGUGUAUGCUUCCAAGAUGUUUGGAGGUGCCCCGGCCUCUAUGGCCAUGAUCAGUCGAUUGUUUCUCACUGGAUUCGCUUCCACCGCCUUGUUUGGGCCGUCUGUGGGGCGGGCCAUUGACAGCUACGGACGAAAGAAGGGAACCCUAGCCUUUUCUAUUCUCUACGCCAUUGGAGCCCUUUCGACAAAAAGUCCCCUUCUUAUGGUACUCCUCUUUGGUCGUGUCAUGUCUGGAAUUGGUACUAGCUUGUUGUUCAGUGCACCCGAAUCGUGGCUCGUCGGCGAAAGCCAAAGGAGCGGAGACGAUCCUGAYGGAGAAUACCUUGGAGAAACAUUUGGAUUGGUACGUUWGCUCUUUUUCAAUUUAUCAAAAAACAAAAGAACGAGACGCUCCAGGUGUGCUUCGCACAYUACGCAAAACMUGUCWUGGUUGAAACGUCGUGGAUAACAGAUUGAUGUUUUGRAUUUGUUCGAUCGAUGUCAUUCAUUGAUUCUGACCRGUUCGAUUUUUUUCAUUCCUUCCAUUCGGAUUUUAUAUCUAGGCAUACGCGGGUGAUUCCAUCGUGGCCAUCAUCGCCGGUCAGCUAGCAAGUUUGGCGGCUACCAGACGCGGCCCUACAGGACCCUUCGAAAUGUCGACGGGGUUCCUCGCCGUGGGUGGGUUGCUGGCGGCUCUCUUGUGGAAGGAAAACGUAGCGGCCAAAUCAUCCGACGAUAGUGGCGGCAACAAACCUUCCAUCAGGGACGCUAUCGAUGUUGUGCGCGCCGACCCCAAGAUCAUGAUGGUCGGAGGCGUUCAGAGUUUGUUCGAAGCCGCGAUGUACAUUUUCGUCCUACAGUGGCCACCCGCCAUUGCCGCAGCUGUCGCCAAAUCGUUCGGAGAGGGUGCCGURACGCCAUAUGGCACCGUCUUCUCCUGCUUCAUGGCGUGCUGCCUGUUCGGGUCGACGCUCUUCGGUCAGUUUGCCAAGAUGAAGGGACCCACCACCGAGGGAGUCACAACCGGCAUGCUUGCCAUUGCUACCAUUGCCAUGUCGACUGCUACGUACACCGUYUCGACMRCAUCGGCAGCUAGCAGUCUGCCAGCACUGAUUGCUUCCUUCUUUGCCUUUGAAGCCUGUGUAGGAAUGUACUUCCCCUCGAUUGGAACCCUGCGCAGCAAAUAUAUUCCCGACUCUCAUCGAUCUGUCAUUAUGAAUUUGUUCGGUAUUCCUCUGAACGUACUGGUUGUGAGUGUCUUCAUGUUCGUCAAGUAUUUGGGCGUGAACGGUGCACUCGGUAUCAGUUCGGGUGCUUUGGGGUUGGCUACCUUGUGCAUGCUCAAACUCAACGSGGCUAUCUCAAAGAACACAGCCCCAGCAGUUGCCUAAGGUGACAMAAAGUAAAUGUAAGGUAUGWAG